AACAGCCUGACUUAGCCCGAAUCCGUAACGAAAAAGGUUUGUACCCUUUGCACUUGGCUUCGGCUAAAGGGCACCUAAAAAUAGUGGAAAAAAUGCUGGAGGUCGACCCUUCUUUCUCUAAACUCUGUGAUAAGGAGCGAAGGACUCCUCUCCAUUCUGCAGCAGCAAAUGGCCAAGUUAAAGUAUUGGAAGAACUUCUACGACGCCCUGAUGCAGAAACCACUCAUGCCCGAACAGAGAGAGGAGAGACAACUCUACAUCUCUGCGUGAAGUAUAACCAGUUCGACGCGGCUAAAAUUUUGGUGGAAAAGGAUAAGGCGCUGGUUAAUAUGAAGGAUGAUCAAGACAACACGGUCUUACACCUCGCAGCUGCCAGAAAACAAAUUCAGAUGCUAAAGCUUUUUCUCGAAUCAGGCGUGGAUGUGAACGCCCAGAAUAUCCAUGGUUUCACGGCACUUGAUGUACUAGUACAUGGUCCAAGCGAAAUAGGAGACAUGGAAAUCAGCGAAAUCAUUGUGAACGCUGGAUGUGAGAGAGGCAAAAAACUAACAAACAAAAGCAAGGUAGAAAAUGAACCAUCUAACUGGAACUGCUUCCCAUGCAAUAGGAACAAAGACAAGAAGAAAAUGUUAAAAAGGCUAAACAAGAGGCACAAUACACUUCUACUAGUUGCAACCUUGAUUGCAACGGUGACCUUUGCAGCUGGGGUCGCCCCUCCUGGAGGAGUCUGGUCUGACCCACCGUCCAACCAUUUGUCAUUCUAUGCUUCACCACCUUCUGAACAGAACUUACCAGGCAAAGCUAUUCAUGACAAUCGUAAUGAUAGAUUAGAGUUCAAGACAUUCCUAGUUUUUGAUACGAUAGGGUUAAUGGCAUCACUCAGCAUAAUUCUCAUUUUAAUAAGCGGGUUGCCGCUCUUGAACAGCUGUAUGACAUGCAUCUUGGUGAUAACCUUGUGGGUGGCAGUAACCGCCAUGGCGAUGGCUUUCAUUUUUGGCACCAUGCUCAUCGUCGUUUCCCACGACUUUUCCCACAUAUUAGGCUGUGCUCUUAUAGUCUGGAUUGGGCUAAUGAGCAUCAUUCUCAUAUGCCAUUGCAUCCUUGCCAUCUUUCGUCUACUCAAGUGUUUAGUGUGCUUGGUUAUCACUUGCUUGAGGAAGUGUGGAAUUUGCAAGAAAAAGGAAAAUCAGUCACCAGGCAGCGGCCGCAAUCAAAACAAUGUUCGCCAAGGUUGUUGCCUUUGCUGAAGAUCGAUAGGCCUUGCGCAUCAGCCGCCAUGUAAAUUUGAUGAACUAGUAUGAUUUCGUACAUGUGGGGUUCAAGUUUAGUUCUACAAACUAUUGAUGUUGGAGGUUUACAGCUGAACAGUUAGAUAAACAUAUAACAGUGGAUGUUGUAAUCUUUCAACCUAAGAUAAUUCCAGUCGCCCAUCAUAGCAACUGUAUGAAUCUCCUAACCCUAUGUACUACCUGUAUGGAAUUGGUGUAUUAGACCUGUGCUUGGGAGGAGGAGCCCACCAUUCCUCUUAUAUGUAGAUACGGUUCCUAUUUUAGUGUGAUGGAUGUCUGUUCUCCUUGUGGCUUGUUUCAUGUUUAGCUUUGAUUCUAGGUGUUUGUAACAUUGUGGAUGUUGAAGUUGCACUUGUAUCUUUAUAUAUAACUACGUUUGGAAGUAUUGUUGGUA